AUGAAGUCAUUGCAACUGGUGAUGAUGCCUUGCGUGCUGCUUCUGCAGCGUAGCGUGGGCGACGAGGAUGUGUUCCCUGUUCACCUCAUGCUUCAGGCGGCUGUCGGGCAGGAGGCAGACCGUGUACAGGCCUCUUGCGUUCCUGAUGCCGCUGCGGCCAGAUGGCGAGAAGGCUUCACGGCAGCCGUAGAGACGAUGAUGCAGAAGACGAAGCGCACGAUGCAACUGGGGUUGGCCUCCUUGGCCCGAGGAGUCUUGAUGCUUCUAGAAUCCACCAGCUGCGGGGACCUGGUGACGUUCCAACAGCUCAAGGGGCAGGCAAAGAGGCUCGAGGUUCUUGCCAGCACCCGUAGCCUCGCGGGGCUGGAUGCAUCGGUGAAGUACGAGCCUUUGAAAGCUCUUACGGUCGGUGGGGUUGAUGUUCACCUUGAGCUCAAUGCCCUCCUCGUGGCCUGGCAAAUGAACCGUGGCCCCAAAGAGGUCGGCUCUACCUUGGCCAAGUUUCUAGCUGACUUCUCCGAAGACGAUGCAGUGCAAGCCGGGGAGGUGCCCGAGGUGCCUGAGGAGCCGGUGGCAGCGGUACAGCACCGACCUGGGUCACUGCAACGCAAGGGCCAAUUCUGGACCACAAUGCUGAAUCAGGCUCUGUCGAGGCUGUCUGUGGCUGGAGAUCGCCCUAUUGUGGAUGCUUGCAUUUCCGACGAUUUGGCGGGCUUCCAUGCCGACAGGUUUGAUGAGGCGUUUGGACGGAUGAUGCAAAAGACGCAGAGAAGUAUGCAAGCUGGAUUGCGGCUCUUGGCCACGACAGUACAGGCUCUGCUGGCAACUUUGGAGGAGGGCGGCCAUUGUCCGCAGCUGCACUCUUCGCAAGGUGUGGACCGGCUGCGCCUGUCUGCGAAUCGCCUGGAGACGCUGGUUGGAACCCGGUCACUCAUCAACCCGGGGGUCAAAGUCAAGUACGAAGCGAUGCAGAUGCUGACUGUCGGCGGCCUCGACGUUCACCUAGAGUUGAACAAGCUGAUUGGAGCUUGGAUAUCUGACAACAGGGCAGAACAAGUUGGAGACGGCUUGGCUGAAUUUUUCGAGGACUUCAAUGCAAAGGAAGAGACCGAGCAGGACACCAGCAAUGGCCAGGAAGGCAUGCAAGACCCGGAGCUGGUGCGGAUGAUGUUGGAUGCAGUUGCCGCAGCCGGGGAAGGUGAAGCGGUGAACUGCUUCGAGAUCGAUCAAUUGGACGCUUUUGCGCACCAGGUAGAGAGCUCUCUCGAGCACAUGCUAAAGAAGCGUCGGAAGACCAUGCAGCAGGGGCUACGGGAGCUUGCUGAUGCCGUGAGCAAGCUCUUCACGUCCUUGCCUGCAGAAUGCAGGGAGCUGCCCGGCGCCCGGGCAAUCCUUCAGGGUGCAUCGAAGCUGCGCAAGCUCACUCGCAUGACCCUCGUGGACUAUGGAGCGUACAUCAAGUACGAAGCUCUUAAGUCGCUGGAGGUUGGCGGCGUGGCCGUGCACGCAGAGCUGAACGCCUUCAUAGCAGCAUGGAAACUCCGCAGUCGCCUAGAAGCCGGCCAACCAUUGGGUAUCCUUUUCAAGCGGCUGUCAUCCAUCACCGGGCAUGACGAGUUCUGA